ACGAAUCAAACUUUCCUAUAUCAUUUUUCAUUCACUCAUGUGUAUGAACUCGAAGGUUCUGACCUUGAGGAAAUGAGUUUUUAUAUAAUCUAAGUCGUCGACCAUGACAGGUGUCCUGAAAACUGUGCCGUUGCUGCGCUGGCAUCGUCAUCAAAGCUGGAUCCAGGGUUUGUUACUGUACCUUGAUGCAACUCGUUAUGUCCAUUCAUAAAACGUGAACUGUUUUCCACAAUGUGGUUUGACCAAAGGUCGAGAUUAAAUAAUGGAGUUGACACACGUGUCAACUGGUGGCAGCGGCUGCUUCCUCUGUUGUGGAUCUUUAUAUUAAUCAAUGGAGAAGAAUUAUUUCAGUUUACGCGACCAGUGUACAACACCACCAUUCAAGAAAAUCCUGUCGGAAAAGUAUACGUCACUCCAACAGAGAAAAUGGGUAUUUUCAUCUCUGAUUCUUUGCUUCGAGUGCAGUACGUUAUUGUAGAUGGAAAUAAGGACCAUUUUUUUGUAGCUGAAAGUCAAAAAGUAGGUGAUUUCUGGUUCCUUCGUAUUAGAACGAGUACAAGGAUUCAAGUCGCCUUGAACAGAGAGUCAAGGGAGUUCUACAUUCUUCACGUAAAAGCUGUGGUUAACUCAAAUGUUUUAGAAAACGUAAACUUUAAUGCUCAAACUGAGGUUAACAUUAAAAUCUUGGACGCUAAUGAUUUGACUCCAUUGUUUUACCCAUCAAUUUAUACAGUCUCAAUUCCAGAGAACACCCCAUUGCAUCAAAGUGUAGCGAGAGUUAGUGCUGUUGAUCCUGACAUUGGCAUAAAUGGUGAAAUUUACUACAGUUUUCAAAAUCAAACAUUCCAGUUUGCUAUUCAUCCUACUACAGGGAUUGUCACUCUGACUCGACCGUUGAAUAUUGAAAAGCAGACUCACUAUGAUUUGACUGUCCUUGCUCAAGACAGAGGACCCAAGCCGAAAUUAGGGGCCAUUGUGAAAAAAAGUUCGUCUUCCUUGAGAAUUGUAGUGAGUGCUGUGAAUCAGCACCCCCCUGUGAUUCACUCAGUUACUCUCCCCGCCAUCCUGAGAAACGACCUCUUACACGUUUAUGCUAUUGUUCGCGUGGUUGAUAAGGAUCGUGGUUUAUAUGGACAGGUUCGCAGUGUGGAUAUCGUUGAUGGAGAUCCUUUUGAAUACUUCCAAAUCAGUAAGGGAGAACAUCCAGAUGAAUACUCCAUCACCAUUUCUGAAAAUCUCCAACAUGCAAGUGUAACUAGUCAGUUUAAUCUUACCAUAAAGGCCACAGACAAAGGUAUUCCACCUAAAUCUUCACUAAAAACUGUACCCGUAAGAAUUCCUCACUAUGAUGAUCGGCCUCUGGUAUUCGAUUCGCCUAAAUAUUUAACAUCUGUAGAAGAGAUUGCACCACUUAAUACGCCCAUCGUCUUAGUUAAAGCAAGUCACCCCGAUGGGAAUAAAGAUAUAAAAAUAUGGUACAAAAUAGAAGACGGAAAUCCAUUUGACACCUUUACCAUUAAUCCCUUAACAGGACUUAUAACAACUGCAAAACCUUUAGACUGGGAGAAGACUCCUAGAUAUUUAUUAUUGGCCAGUGCCCAAGAGCAGAAUAUUAACGGACUUAAAAGAAAAGGAACCACGAUGGUUUAUAUUAAGGUAUUAGAUAACAAUGAUAAUAAUCCUAUUUUUAAUUCAACUUCUUUCAUAACAGUUCACUUUGAAGAAAAUAAGCCAAUCGGGAGUGUUGUGUACACGGCUCAUGCUUCUGACCCUGACGAUGGAGACAAUGGUUACGUAUCUUAUCAUCUAGCCAACAUUAACUAUGUGCCUUUUAUCGUAGACCACUUUACUGGCCAAAUAAAAAUCAAAGAAGUCCUGGAUUUUGAGACCAUGAGAACAGAGUACCUCCUAAAAGUUUGGGCUUCUGAUUGGGGAACACCUUUCAGAAGGCAGUCAGAAAUUUCAAUCCGAGUUCUGGUGACUGAUGUAAAUGAUCACAGACCACAGUUUGAAAAAGUCGAUUGCGUGGGCUUUGUUUCUAAAGCAGCUCCCGUUCCAACAGAAAUUUUAACUCUUUCUGCUCUAGACUUUGAUGCAGAUAGUUCAGUGACAUAUAAGAUGAUUUCUUCAGAGCAGGAGCUCUGUUUUGAAGUAAACACCAUUACAGGAAUAUUAACAUUGACUUGUGACCUCAGUCAACGACAAUUCACAGAGUGUGUUAUUAACGUUUCAGCUACAGAUGGGCAGCAUUAUGCAGAUGUUGUUGCUGUUACGAUAAAGGUUGUCGAUCUCCAACAACGCUCUAGAUUAAACAACAAGAAUGUCGUAGUGGAAUGUAGAGAUAAUGGCAUUACGAAGAAACUAAAAGAACAAAUCGCUGUUGCUAAAAGGAACAAUCAGGAAGGACUGGACGACGUCACUGAGGCUACUCCUUCAAGAUAUGGCGAGAACCUACACAGUCCUCAAUUCUGUAGUGGCCUACCCAUGGAAAUUACUGCCAAGGAAAACCUACUAGCUGGUACCGAACUUCUGAGAAUCUCUGCUGAAGACCAUGACCAUGGCUAUAAUGGGAAAUUGGUGUAUGUUAUAUCAAAUGGAAAUGAAGAUAGUUGUUUUGAGGUUGAAAUGCAUUCUGGAAAACUCCUAAUCAUUAAUGAGCUUGAUCGAGAAAGAACAGCAAGAUAUGUGCUUAACAUCUCCGUGUUUGAUCUUGGUCAACCACCUCAAUCUGCAUCUACAAUUUUAGAGGUCAUAGUAGAAGAUGCUAAUGAUAAUGUACCUACCUUUGAUAGAUUCGCUUAUGACUUUAUUAUACCUGAGAAUGCACCAAAUGGGAUGACUAUUGCGAAGCUUGUGGCUUCUGACGCAGAUUCUGGACCAAAUGGACACUUGAUUUUUUCAUUGGUUACUGAUACUCAAGACUUUUACAUUGAUAAGAUCACAGGAAUGUUGUCUGUUCACGGGCCUUUAGACAGGGAACGGACCGAAUAUUAUCAGCUCAAGGUCCAAGUAUCAGAUUCUGGCUCUGAAGUAGUUUUCUCAUGUGACACUUUGGUGAGUAUUCAGGUUCAGGAUGUCAACGAUAACUCUCCUCAUUUUCCCAUUGAACAUUACCUAGUUAGGCUUCGAGAGGAUAUUCCAGUAGGUUCUGUGAUAAUGAGCUUAUCCGCCACUGACCCUGAUCUUAACGAAGCAGGAACUGUGCUUUAUGAACUACUGAACGACAUGAUGGGAGUGUUUAUUAUUGAUAAGGAGAUUGGUAUUAUUCGACUGAAUCGUCAAUUAAAUUAUGAAGAAAGACAGAUUUAUAACUUAACAGUUGUAGCUAGCGAUCUGGGUAUCCCCAUGCGAUCAUCUAGUGCUUACCUUCUGGUGGAAAUAGAAGAAAUAAACGUAAAUAAUAGAGCUCCAGUAUUCCAGGAUCAUGUUGCUACAGGAUCAGUGAUUGAAAACCAAGAAGAGGGAACGUUUGUGAUGCAAAUUAAAGCCACUGAUGAUAAGCACGAGAAUAUUGAUGACAAAGUAACGUAUUUUUUGGAAACGGAAGAAGGAACUGGUCUAUUCAGAAUUGAUCAAAAAGGUAGAAUUUGGACUAGAACCUCCCUAGAUCGAGAAGAGCAGUCGCGGUACUGGUUAUCCGUGUACGCUCAAGACAAAGAUGUUGUCUCUCUUGACACCCGUUUGGACGUCUACAUAGAGGUACUGGAUGAAAACGACAAUAUUCCACUCACUGAAGAGCCUGUCUAUUAUCCUUCUGUGGUAGAACAUUCCGAACCAGGGACCAAAGUUGUGCGGCUGAUCGCUUUCGAUGAAGACCAGGACUCUCAAGACGGAAUAACAUUUAACAUCACAGCAGGAAACGCCCAGGGUCUUUUUGUUAUUGAACCUAUAACCG